CUGGCGCUGGGAGCCGUGUGGGGCGCCGCCGGAACUGCAGAGGUGACCUCGGCCCCGCGCUCCAGCGACGGACGUGGCCGUGGACGCCGCGGCCUCCGAGUACCGGAAGGGCCGGGCCUGUGCGCUCCUGGGAGCCGUGGACCGGCGGCGAGCGCGGCGGGAGGGGUUACGAGCGGGUCUGGUUUCCGUUUUCCUCUGUCUCGUCCCGAAAACCGGAAGGUGUAGGGGCAGAGCGACGGGCCGACCUACCCACUCUGUCCCUCAUGAGUAUGGCCACAAGGGUGCCCAUUCCUCCCUGGGCCGCACCCCUUAAAGCGGUUUUAGGGUACGCCUGUAUGGACCCAUCUCCCAAAAUCCUCAAUUCAGUGAUGCAGAUCCUUUCAGGGUGCCUAAAAGCCACAGCCCAGCUUCCAGAUGCAGCCUGAACCCAGCCGGUGUGAAGAGGAGCCCCCUUCCCUCUUGUGGGGUUUGGAUCCUGUGUUUCUAGCCUUCGCAAAAUUCUACAUCAGGGAUAUCCUGGACUUGAAGGAGUCCUGCCAGGUACCAGGUAUAUUUUUUUACAAUGGGCAUCCAAUAAAACAGGUAGAUAUCCUGGGAACUGUAAUUGGAGUGAGAGAAAGAGAUGCUUUCUACAGUUAUGGAGUGGAUGAUAGCACUGGAGUUAUAAACUGCAUCUGUUGGAAAAAGUUGGACAAUACUGAGCCUUCGUCAGCUGCUCCAAGUGCAAGAGAGCUGAGCUUAACCUCCCAGCUUAUGAAGGUGCAAGAGACCAUCGAGCAGAGAACAAAGAUAGAAAUUGGAGACAUUAUCCGGAUCAGAGGUUAUAUCCGCACAUACAGAGAAGAGCGAGAAAUUCAUGCAACUGCUUAUUAUAAAGUAGACGAUCCAGUGUGCAGCAUUCAGAUUGCAAGGCUGCUUGAGCUGCCCAGCAUCUACCGGAAGAUUUAUGACCGGCCUUUCAGCAGCCCAGCCCUAGAGAAAAAACAGGCACUAAGCAGUCAUCCAGGUGCCUUGGAUCUUGCCAGUCUUACGUGUUUGCUGAGUGAGAAAGCCAAAGAAUUCCUUGUGGAGAACAAAGUACAAACAUUUUACCAGCAGGAAUUGGAAAUGGUGGAGUCACUGCUGUCAAUUGCCAGUCAGCCUGUGAUUCACAGUACCUGCUCUGAACUAGCAGAUCUUAAGAAUGACACCACUUCCAAGGCAAUUCAUAAUAUAUUUAAGAAUGCUAUACAGCUGCUGCAGGAUAAAGGACUUGUUUUCCAGAAAGAUGGUGGUUUUGAUAACCUAUAUUACGUAACCAGAGAAGACAAAGAACUGCACAGAAAGAUCCACCGAAUCAUUCAGGAAGAUUGCCAGAAGCCAAAUCAUGUGGAGAAGGGCUGCCACUUCCUGCACAUCUUGGCCUGUGCACGCCUGAGUCUCAGCCCCAGCCUGAGUGAAACUGUGCUGCAGCAGGUUCUGGAUGUCCUGGAGGACCAGAGUGACAUCGUCAGCACUAUGGAGCACUACUACAUAGCUUUCUGAGCAGAGGCCAGCACAUGGCACAGGGCUGAGCCGGGCCGAGGAGGAGAAAGACCAGGGGAUGGUCAUUCCCAGGCUCUGAUUUUAAGCAUCAUGUGGAAGCUUAUAGGUUUGGAGGCAGUUAGCUCUUCAUGAACUAUGCAGUAUGGCCAUUUGAGGAAUGGAAUUUGGCAGAAGUGCUGUAGUCUGCCUUCUACCGGCUGUGUCCUUGGGAUAAAAUAAUUCUUUUUUCAGCCACAACAUGCAAGAAAACUCUCCUUGUUGACUUCCUGACUGGAGUGGAUAACGCUGUUGGAGCAGAAGGGGAAGAAACAGUAUCAGUGGCUAAAUCAGUGCGUGUAUGUGUGUUUUGAGGCUCUGUCAUGGUAAAGGGACAUCACAUGGUAAAGCCCAGGUACGGCGGGAACUGAAGAGCACACAGCCAGAUCACACAUCUAAAACUUUUUAAAAGUUCAGACGAUCAGGUGCAUUCUUGGGGGUCUCUCGUAAGGGUUAAGAAUCCAGUGUAGGGGACUAGGUCUCCCAGAUGGGUAUUGCUGACCUCUGAUUUCUGAGGGUCAAGCACCAAUAGUGGGUCUUGAGUCCUGCAUUGAAUUCUGUUUACAGACCUACCUGAGAUGGGAGUAAGUGGAUCCAAGGCAUGAAUCUGUCAUUUUCCUUAUGAAUCAAAAGAUGCCUCAGUACAUUUCCCUGCACUUGAAGACAGAUGUGACUAAAUACAUUGUCCCUUAGUGCCCUGGAGUUCCCAGAGGCUGUCAGCCAGUUGCCUGGCGGCUGUAGAUGUUAUUUUCAGGGUUACCAUUGAAUAUACAGGACAUCCUGACACCAUCCAGACAGACUCUGUAUGUGCCCAGACAGGUGAUGGAGUCAUGCUUUUGCUCAGAAUCACAAGGUAAGGGGAAAAAAAUCUGAGGUAUGUAGUAGGCUUGUUCUAACAGCAAAAUGACAAAUCCAGCCAGCAAAAAUAAAGUGUGGAGAAAGAUUUGGAGUUAAUUACAGUCAUUUCACAAAAGGCACAUCUGCCUUCAUCUGCUAAUUUUUAGACAAUUGAAUAAGCUCUCAGUGGCUCUGCUUGAAAGCCUACAGGCCUAGAGAGUUGUUCUGCUCUGCGUGGAAAUGGAUUGGUUUUCACGCUCAGAAGUCAGCUGCAGCUCCAUAUAUCAGGCUUCCUGUCAUGGGCUCUUCUGACUUGACGCAAACCUCUGCCCUGGAUCUGACAGUGAUUACCCAGAUGGCUGCCCUGUAUCCUCCCUGUCUUCAGAAGGGUCCCUAUAGAAUUGGGUAUACCUGGAAUGACAUCCCAGCAGUUCUUCCUUGAGGUCAGCAGCUCUUCCAUCUUGAAUAGAUCUUGGAUUAUUGGGGCUGUCCAGGAAGAAGUCUUGACUCAGAACAUGAAAAGGGCAUAUCCUUCACACAGCAAACCAGCUUAUAGGGUUUAUACCAAGUAAAUGAUCACACAGGUGUGAAAGGGUGAAUACAGAAUACACAGAUGCCAACUGCCAUACAAUUCCAAAUUCUAUAAUUGGGGGAAAUAUUUAUGGUGAAAAAUUAACUGGAUAAAACUAGGGACAGCUUCUGGACAAGCGCACAUUAACACCAUGCUCACAAAUACAUUUGAGAAAUGCUGUAUAAAUAUAUACAUCAAACAGAUUAUUGGAACCACCAAAGUGAUACACUUGUUACCUCUGAAAGGUGAGAGAUCAGAUGCUUUUAACUACAUGCCUAUACUUGGAUGUUAUUACAGUUAGCAAGUGUCAUUUCUACAAAAAUCAUCAAGCUGUUUUUCACUCCCCACCCCAUGCUCACAUAAUCUGAAUUAAGAAUAAGAUGGACCUUAUAUCCCCAGCAGCAUAAGAACUCUGAGAAGAUGAAGGAAGCUCUUGGAAACUUCUUUGGGGCUAACCACAGUUGGGUCACAGGUCAUAUCGACGAGCCACCAAGAGCUUCUUCCCCUGAAGUGGAGGGAGACUGAGCAACACUCCAGCUCCCUUGGUGUGCACCCAUUUCUGGAAGCAUGAACACUGCAUGUAGUAUGAAGGCGAGAAGACAAAUAGUGCUUCUGUCUGGUCAAGGAUUUGUUUAAAGAUACUUGAUUAUCCCCAUCUGGUAAGCUACCAGUGCUUCUCAUCCUUUAAAGACACCUCUUUGUAAUUAUUUCUCCCUCUGAUAGUGUGCCAAGACACUGGUCGAGAGAAAGCCAAAUGAAAAGAAUCUAUUCAGGGCUGAGGAACCCAAGACUGGGUGCCAGGUAUUGAAACCAAGCAAACUUGUAAUUUUCCACUGGAGGAAACAUCCAGACUUACCAGUGUGGUUUCUGCUCUAAAAGUGGCCUUUACAGCAGUUGUCCCAAAGAAGCAUCUUAGUGUUUCCUCACCAAGUUACAUAAAGCAUAUGGGCAGAUGCAGGAAGACCAUGAUAAGGUUUGCUGGAGAACACAGCAGCAGCCACUGGAAAGUGAAUCUCCAAAGACAUCUUUCAGCUUUUAGUACAUACAACCUCAUUCUUUAAAAGAAUUUUAAUGACAAAAAGUACAAAGUGGGGAAAUGGUCUACCACUUCCAGAUAUUCUGUAUUUUUUUAGAUCAUAUAUAUGUUAUUAGAACAAUAACAUGUUAAUAUUUUGUCUGUGCUUCUAGAAAAAAAUACGUCAGCAUUUAUAUGCAUCCAUAU